AUGAGCACGUCAACAGGUGGACCAGGCCAAAGUUCCAUCGAUGACAGGGACUUGGAAACACGCAUCGAGGACUGUUUGAACAACGUCCUUUCACCCGCUCUUGACAAAUGCGCAAGACGCUCGGGUCGGAUUGGCGUGGAGGAGAAAUCCUUCUUUUGCCGUUCUGAUCUGGAGAAACUUUGGAACUCUGAAUCAAGGUUGAUCGACGUUGUUUUCGGACACUUGAGCAAUGGCCAACGGAGAACUCUUCUCAGAGAUCUUCUCUUGUUCAUCUCUUUCCUAGUCAGCAUUGACGUCCGCCCGAGCUUCAUUCUCGCUUGUAAAAGCGUGUUCUUCAAGGACCCUGAGUCCACAGCCCUGAAGUUCAAAGAUGAUGAUGGGCCAAGAUCACAAGCAGACCUCCAUGGGAUGGGUCUCACUUUACGGCAAGCAAGAUUCUGGAAGGAACAGUACCGCUUCAGACCAGCGAAAAUCACUUUUGCCACUGAACGGUGGGAGCCUCAACGAAUCGACCCACUUUUUCCCCUCCCGUUUGAGACGGCCGAUGAUGUUCAGCCAGGUGUCAUUAUCCAUGGUGGAUUUGGUGACGACGCAGGUUAUGGAGGGGAAUACGGGACAGUCCGAAGUCUCGUCACACACCUGAACAUCUCAAUACACGAUGCCAUCAUUGAGCAGAAGCAAGAAGAUGAUACUGGAAUCGUCAGUAUUGUGUCUCCGUACGCCAGCCUCGGCGAUCUUGCCCAGUUUCUCGCAGGAGGUUAUGGUAUCAUGAGAGGUCACUGGGAUCGCAUCUACGACAUGGAUGAAAAAUUUCCCCGGGCCACAGAUACCCACCAACUACGUAUGUGUUUGUUGGGACAAUCAAAAAAUCUGGCUGAAGCCUUGGAGUUUCUUCACAAUGGAUUCAAAACCAAGGCAAAUGACUGGAAGAUCAAAUGCGCUCACCUGGACCUCAAGCCAUCAAACAUCCUGAUCUUCGAAUCGACUCAGAGAGACGAGGUGGUGGGAAACUGGAAGCUUUGCGAUUUCGGAAUUUCUGUGUUUGGCGCCGAGCAUUUACACGGCUCUCCGACAGCUCAACUUGGCUCAGCUGGAGACUUUUUUAUGAAGCUGGAAAGAACCAUAAGAACGUCACCAAAAAGAAUUCCGGGCGUGUAUCAGGCCCCAGAGAUCGAACACCCACACCUGACAUCAGACGGUAACACCAACCCCGAGCAUGGUGCCAGGACCAGCGACAUAUGGUCAUUUGGAGCGAUAUUCGCAGAGGUCCUGGCUUAUGCUCAAGGUGGUGCCUUUGGUGUGAAGAGGUUUGAUCAGAAGCGGAGGCGCCGGACGACGAUACAAGGUGAACUGGUGCAUAACGACUUUUUUUACACAACCUUGCCUGACCAUAUGAGGAGGUCGUCUUCUACACUCCCAUACAUUCUGAGACGGGAGGUCUCCUUAUGGCUAGAAGAGUUCACUUUUGAUCAUCAAUCUGAAUCUGAGCCCUCUGGAGCUUGCCUGAGAUGCUGGGCGGAGUGUGUGAAGAACAUAUUGGAGGUGGAUGCUCGCUACAGGCCGAGUGCCACUACACUUUACCAAUGGAUCGCGGAACUUCGCAGACAUGCAAAUGACCCUCGUCUCCCGCACGUUAAAUUCAGAGGCCAUGAUCCAAGCCCACUCAGACCCGAACCAGACGAUGAAGAUUCUGGCAAUAUCUCAACACCAGCAGAGCCUCCGACGUACACUCCACCAAACACAUUAGGAGGAAAUCGUAUUGCUGAACUGCCAUUAUCGUCUCGUGAUGUGAUCGACUACGACUUAGACGGCCACAAGCUGGUUUACUUGACCAAAACGAGCAUUGAUCUCUUCAACAUCGAUAGUCCGCGACCUUACCCUGAAGUCGAGCAACUCCAAAACAACCACAACUGGCAUGCAAUUCAAGUGACAAAUCCCUAUGUCGUCGUUUGGGGAUCCAAUGCCUCUAAUGAGCCACGGCCAUCUUUACGAGUGUACAACAUUUCGAAUGGGCUGAUAUCCCGUGCUCAAAGCUCGGCUAAAGUUAUAAACUUCAACGUCACCAGGAGAGUCGCACUAUCCAGGCAAGGCUACGUCGCUAUAAUACACAAUGACGAGAUACUGAUUCUCGAUGCUAAUGAUAAGGCCUUGCCGGUGUUAUCCAGAAUAGAAAUGGUGUGGCAAUAUCCUGCCGGAAAAUUUGUGGACAUUGCCUUUGACGAUUCGGGCUCAACACUGUACGCUUGGGGUAAUCAAGAACUCUAUGGAGUCCUUUGCGCAUACUCGUUCGAAGGUGCUCAUGGCCACGGCAAGGAGGUUUUCCGGGCAAGAUACAAGAAUUCAUUCGGCGAACACAAAACUCUCAUUCUGCCAUUUGACAAGCACCGUGACUUGACACCCUCCAGGAAGGAUUCUUCUUCCACCGGCUCAGAAGGGCUCACCCCUCAAAGAAUCUCGGAGCACCCGGACGGGUACCAUGCUUGGGCUGCAUGCACUGUCGGGGAUUCGAUGGUCCUCGUGGGAGCCACAAAGAAGAGGCCCUUCUCACAUCGAAAAGUCGGAAUUUCCGAGCAAAUUAUUGGCCCAGACGGUAAGCUAUGUUUCUCUGCGAAGUCAUCAGAUCAAUACUCGCUAGAGACGAAAACACCAUGGUCGGCACUGCACAAUCCUGGCCUCAACACGGACGUGAAAGUGGGCACGAUUCCCUCAAAUGGGGCUGCUGAGGAACACAAAAUUGUUGUAUAUUACAAAAAGGGUAUUUUGGAGGUCCUCCCUUUGAUCCAGAGCUAG